AUUUACCUCCCCCGGGAGUGCAGAGGAGCAUUAAUAAAUCCUUAAGCCGAAGAGGGAAGUCUGCCUGGGGCAGUGCGCUGAGCUCUGGCGGAGUAUAGGGAACGGUAACGCGCGCGGGCGGCAGCAGGAGCAGCGCAGCCGGCGAAACACACUCAAGGCAACAACAGAAGGGCGCCGGGUGGUCCUCUACCGUAAACACACUCCCCUCCCCGCCUCCUCCCGUCCGCGCAGGGCGCCCGCCCGUCUUGGCUCCCGAGGCCGCCCGAACUGCUAUGUAACCGCGAGGCUGCGGGCAGAAGGGGACUGGGGAGAAGAGGUUGGCCCGGGGAGCCUCUAGGGGCCGAGUUGGCGGUCACUAGUGCAGUCGUCUCCGCUCAGCCCUCGCUCGCACGCGCCUUCCUGUAGCCUCGUUGGCCCGAGUGUCCUUCGCCUCCUCUUGUCCCCAGCAGCUGCGGUUCCCGGCGACCAUGGUGACGAUGGAGGAGCUUCGGGAGAUGGACUGCAGCAUGCUCAAAAGGCUGAUGAACCGGGACGAGAACGGCGGCGGCGCGAGUGGCAGCGGCAGCGGCAGCCACGGCGCGCUGGGGCUGCUGAGCGGCGGCAAGUGCCUACUGCUCGACUGCAGACCGUUCCUGGCGCACAGCGCGGGCUACAUCCGAGGUUCGGUCAACGUGCGCUGCAACACCAUCGUGCGGCGGCGGGCCAAGGGUUCUGUGAGCCUGGAGCAGAUCCUGCCGGCCGAGGAGGAGGUGCGCGCCCGUCUGCGCUCCGGCCUUUACUCGGCAGUCAUCGUCUACGACGAGCGCAGCCCGCGCGCCGAGAGCCUCCGCGAAGACAGCACCGUGUCGCUGGUGGUGCAGGCACUGCGCCGCAACGCCGAGCGCACAGACAUCUGCCUCCUCAAAGGUGGCUAUGAGAGGUUUUCCUCUGAGUACCCAGAAUUCUGUUCUAAAACCAAGGCCCUGGCAGCCAUCCCGCCUCCUAUCCCCCCCAGUGCCACAGAACCUUUGGACCUGGGCUGCAGCUCCUGUGGGACUCCCCUGCACGACCAGGGAGGUCCUGUCGAGAUCCUCCCCUUCCUCUACCUCGGCAGUGCUUAUCAUGCUGCCCGCAGAGACAUGCUGGAUGCCCUGGGGAUCACAGCCCUGUUGAAUGUCUCCUCGGACUGCCCAAACCACUUUGAAGGACACUACCAGUACAAGUGCAUCCCUGUGGAAGACAACCACAAGGCUGACAUCAGCUCCUGGUUCAUGGAAGCCAUUGAAUACAUCGAUGCAGUGAAGGACUGCCGUGGGCGGGUGCUGGUGCACUGCCAGGCAGGCAUCUCUCGCUCGGCCACCAUCUGCCUCGCCUACCUGAUGAUGAAGAAGCGGGUGAGGCUGGAGGAGGCCUUUGAGUUCGUUAAGCAGCGCCGGAGCAUCAUCUCUCCCAACUUCAGCUUCAUGGGGCAGCUGCUGCAGUUUGAGUCCCAGGUGCUGGCCACGUCCUGUGCCGCGGAGGCUGCCAGCCCUUCCGGCCCCCUUCGGGAACGGGGCAAAGCCACCCCCACCCCGACCUCACAGUUCGUCUUCAGCUUCCCAGUGUCUGUGGGUGUGCACUCGGCCCCCAGCAACCUGCCGUACCUGCACAGCCCCAUCACCACCUCCCCCAGCUGUUAGAACCACUGUUAGAACCAGUCACAGAGCCCCAGAAUGCAGAGUUGGCCCCAGCCAGGGCUGGGUGAGCCACACGUGUGGGAAGCAGAUAGGGACGGACCAGCUGGGGCAGCUGACUAAGCCCUGUUCCCAUCCAUUUCUCCUUGGCCAACCAACCACGGGCCAGCUAGAAUGGCAAUAAGGACUUUGAACACACAUUAAAAGCAAACAAAACACUCCAAUUUAGAGCAAUAAUGGCUGCAUUAGUGGCCAGGGAAGACCUUGGAUUGAUUUAUGUGUCAGUUUUACUUUUCAGGUAGAAAUUUCUUACCUCAUUUUUUUAAGCAGAAAGGCUUGAAGUUCUGAAACCCACAGACCCUGGCAAGCGUGCCCAACAAGUUCAUUAGGCGGGAGGGAGGAAGGGGAAGGGAGACAAAGAAAAUGAGUUUGCCAGAAGUGCCUGGUUCUGUCUGCUUGUCCUUUUGUUGUAGUCACGGGAAUUUUGUUUUUUAAAAAGAAUCCUAGAAUAUGGUUUUCAUUGCUAAUUAUUCACCGACAGGUGAGUAAUUAUGCUUAAUAAUAAAUAAAAAUAUUUAUUGUGAAUUUCCUCAGAGUAUGUAAGUACAAGGAGCCUAGUGACAGUGAAUUUAGAAUAUACUUAUGUUGAUGUCAAAUACCAGAGAACAAGAGCAUGAAGGGGUCUAAACAGUGAGGGAUAAAUGGUGUUGUGUAGGUCUGUGGUAGUCUGCAUGGUCACUGUCCAUUUGGCGCCACUGAGCAGCAGGCAGGUUGGGGUGGGAGGGGAAAGGAAGGAGAGGACUACUUUUUAGUUAUUUUUGCGGCUGGUUCCUGGGCACAUGGACCAUAACCAUAGAACUUGUUCUCUCCAAUAAUCCAUUUGAUGGUUGGAGCAUUUUUUUUCAUAGACCUGCCUAGGGCUCAUUUGUGGUCUGUGGUAAAUGCCAUAUUAUAUAUAAGGUGCUCCUGGAAAAUUGGGGUGCACUUCAGAUUUUCCUGUAGCAAAAUCAUUUGGCAAGGCUGUGGGGGAAACUAGAUCACUAGCAAUACCUGAAAUGAAUCCUUUUGUAAGUUGAAAUACUGUCUUUUACAUUAAUCAAAGUUUUUAAUUUAAAGAGGUUUAUUUGAAAUGAAGUAUACCAACAAAUUCUUGUGUUAUUAAAUUCUAGUUUGGUGAAUUUUUGAAAGGCCCUUCCUCUUUUGAAUAAAGAGGGGAGUGGAUGCCACAUUUCCGGUCUCCUUGAAGUUUAGAAGGACAAGAGGGCCCUUUCAAGGUGGGGGCAGACUCCAAGGCUAGCUGCUGGCUCCUGAGAAGUGCAUCAUGGUUACUUGGGCACCAUUUUGAAUCCUUAGUUGGGCUAAUGGGAUUUUAAGGGGCCUUUCCAAAUGAAGGAAUGGGAGAAUGGCUUUAGAAGGAAAAGGACAUUUUUCUGGGGGGAGGGUUUGAGGGAAGGGCAGAAGCUACUUGUUACUUCAUUUGUAGUAUUGUGGAACAGUGUUGUUAUGGAUUAAAGGUCAUUGCAAACUUGUCUAGAAAUGAGAGCAUUUUUUAAAGCCCCUUGAGAGUCUAGCUCUCAAGAAUGGGUGAACAUUCUUGCUCACCCAUAAGUAACCUCAAGCCUCAAUGUCACAAUUGUGUGGAAAUGUUCUUUCUCAUUGGGCAUUGCAGACAGGCCCGGGUUCAUUACGUCUCUUUCUGUGAACCUGUGUCGACAUCAUUCUUCCUGCCUGCCUGCAGCCCUUCCUUGGGGAGAGGCCAGAGUUCUCACUUCCUGUUUUUAGAAAAAACAGAGGUGCCCUUUUUCUCUGGGAGCUGCUUGGCUAAAGAGUUGAUAGGGAGGCAGGAAGGGGUUGAAGUUCCCGGAUGGCGGACUCAUUUAGAGAUAAAUACACUUGGACAUUGCCACUUUUUCCUUUGUUCCUGGAAGUUACUUCAUGUCUGGUGAAGAAUGAGGCAAGUGAAUUCUGCACUGAAAAAGGCAUUGGUCCCAAGAACAGACGGGCAGGGCAGAGGGGCUCCAGCAAGGAGGGGCAGGUGGCCCCCAGAAUAGACUCACUUUUGAUACAAUGAGUGUACAUUUGCCAAAUCAGUCCUCCUUUUUUAGACUGGAUCCCAACUACAUGGAUAGUAGGAACUCAGGAUUAGCUCUAGAUGUCUUUCUCUGCUUCCCAAAUGAAGUCUUCUAUCACAGUGUCAAGUAGCUAUUUAUAAAGUUGUUUUCUUUGUACUUGAUAAUAGCAUGACUCUUCGAAAUAAAAUAGGCCAUUGGCUUGAUUGAACAAG